AUGUGUACAUAUGUAUAUGUGAAUCGAAAAACCAUUAUCUUCAGGUGGCAUUUGUAUUAUCUAGACGACACUCCGAAAAACAUUGGCUUCAAGACUCCACCAAAAUCGAACAUAACCGUGAGAAGUACGGGAAUCGGGAUGGAAGUUCACGAACAAGGAGCCGUCUAUGUCCUAGCAUUAACCGGCCCGAUGUAUAAGCCAGCGAAGCAUAUUAAUCAAGUGGUACAGUCGAACUCUGUUUCCAUCCUCUGGCAAGUUCCUCAAAUCGUCAUCAUUACUGCAGCAGAAAUUCUUUUUUCUAUUACUGGUUAUGAGUUCGCCUAUUCACAGUCUGCACCUUCGAUGAAAGCCUUGGUUCAAGCUCUGUGGUUGCUGACAACCGCUGCAGGCGAUUCUAUCAUCGUUCUGAUCACAGCUCUGAAUUUGUUCUCAAACAUGGCGACCGAGUUCUUUGCGUAUGCCGGUUCGACUCGGCAAUCUGAAAUUGAAAUGUUAGCCCAUGUCAAAAUCGCAGGGUUCGCAAGGAUUGUGAAUGCCUGA